AUGUCGUACGGUUACCAACCGAACGGUCCUAGCGAUUCAUAUGCCACAUCACAGUUCUAUGGCGGUGGUGGUGGACCGCCUCUCCCUCCGAGGCCGAAUUCGAACUCUGGCUACAUGAAUUCACAGCAGCCUCCAUACCCCCAGGGUUCGCCGCCAUACCCUCAAUAUCAGCAGCCGCAAAACUAUGGGCCUCCAGGAGGCUACCCGAGUCCGCAGCCUCCGUUUGGCGGUCUACAACACCAGGGGACCUUUUAUGGAAACCCCCAACAGUACCCGCCUUCGCAUAGUCCGCAACCACCGACUGGAUAUGGAAUGCCCUCUCAUCAGCCAACAUACUCCUCCGCUGACCAAUGGGGGGCACCACCUCCCGGGCGAUACCCUACGCCUGGGCAGCUUCCAACCUAUAGUACGAACCAAUGGACCAGGAGUCAGCAAGGGCCUCGGCCUCCGCCCACUUCGAUGCAGACAUACAACCAUGGAGGUGGAACGGGGUUAAGCUAUCAACACAGUACCUGCCAGGGAAAGAGAAAAGCUUUGCUUAUCGGUAUUAACUAUUUCAAUACUAAGCGACAGCUAAAUGGGUGUAUCAACGACGUAAUGAACGUCCGAAACUUCUUGAUCCAGUCUUAUAAAUAUAAACCCGAAGAUAUGGUAAUCUUGACAGAUGACCAAUCCAACCCUCUUUCGGUUCCCAAGCGCGACAACAUUCUGCGAGCGAUGAAAUGGCUAGUAACGGAUGCUCAACCUAACGACUCUUUGUUCUUUCACUUCUCCGGCCAUGGUGGUCAAGUUCGCGAUUUGGACGGAGACGAAGCAGAUGGAUACGACGAAACUAUCUACCCCGUCGACUACGCCACAAAAGGCCAUAUCGUGGAUGAUCUUAUGCACGAUAUUAUGGUGAAGCCGUUGAGACCUGGUGUUCGUCUGACUGCUAUCUUCGACAGUUGUCAUUCCGGUACAGCUCUGGACCUUCCAUUUGUCUACUCGACUGCCGGUACUCUCAAGGAGCAGAAUCUUUUCAAGGAAGCCGGGAUGGGAAUCUUAGGAGCUGUAGCCCAACCGCAGACAUUGACAUUAGGUGGCGUCAUGCAAGGAACCUUUGAGUUUUUGAACAAAGCCACGGUUGGCAGAGGGGCUGAAGAACGAGCGAAAAAGACGAAGUUCAGUCCUGCAGAUGUCAUCCAGUGGAGCGGUAGCAAAGACUCGCAAACUUCGUAA